AUGGCCGAGAGGGAGGAUUUGUCUCCGAACCUUCUGGCAGAAGACACGAAGCGCGGCAAUGGCGACUUCAUCCCUCCGGACGGAUUAUGCUGGGUCUCGGUUCUGUCCUGCCUACUGCUCGCCUGCUCGUAUGUCGGGAGUCUGUACGUGUGGAGGAGUGACCUGCCCAGGGAUCAUCCCACUGUGAUAAAGCGCCGGUUCACCAGCGUGCUGAUCGUGUCGGGCCUGUCGCCGCUCUUCGUGUGGACAUGGAGGGAGUUCACGGCCGUGAGGACCAGCUCUACAUUGUUCGCUCUCAUGGGAGUCCGGUUAGAAGGCAUCAUUCCAGCAAUCCUGGCCAUGGAUUGUCCCUGGAGCUUCAUAGAUGGGAUCCGGGUGGCCUUAGACCCGUGCUUCUGGACGCUGUGCCUCAGUGACAUGCGCUGGCUGAGGAAUCAGGUGGUGGCGCCGUUCACAGAGGAGCUGGUGUUCAGGGCCUGCAUGCUGCCCAUGCUGGUGCCCUGCGCCGGCCCGUCGGCGGCCAUCUUCACCUGCCCCCUGUUCUUUGGAGUGGCUCACUUCCACCAUGUGAUCGAGCUGCUGCGCUUCAGGCAGGGCACGCUGUCGGGCAUCUUCCUGUCUGCAGUGUUUCAGUUCUCCUACACAGCAGUAUUUGGAGCAUACACUGCCUUCCUCUUCAUCAGAACAGGUCACCUGAUGGGCCCGGUCCUGUGCCACUCCUUCUGUAACUACAUGGGUUUCCCGGCCAUCAGCACAGCCCUGGAGCACCCCCACCGCCUCACCGUUCUGUCCUCCUACCUGCUGGGGGUUCUUCUUUUCUUCAUCUUUCUCUUCCCUUUCACAGACCCCUCCUUCUACGGCUCCCCCACCCCGGUGUGCACCCUCACCCCCUUCCCUAACUCCCUCUGUUUCCCCUGA